GCUACUUAACUACUGAAAUUCACACACACCUUUAGAACCCUUCAAUAACAUAUAUCUGUUCUCAAAAUUCUCUUGCUCCUCAAAAUGGAGGCUGCAUACAGAAAGGGCACCAGAGGGUCCUUUAAAGGAAAAUUGGUGCCUUUCUACAGAAACAAUGCACCAAAACCUUCCUCAACCAUGCAAUACAAAGCCACAGAUAUUAAGCCAAAUCACUAUUCUUCUCCUCCUCCCACUCUAGGGUUCGUGGUGCCUCAGGACUAUGCCACCACAAAGAGAGACCCAAAGGUUCGCAUUAAGGUAGCAGAUAGUUGGAGCAAUUUGGAAGAGUUAUAUGGUUUUCCUGGAGAUGAAAGUGUGGACAAAAAGGCUGAAAUAUACAUCGCUAUGGUUCAAAAACGUUUAAUGCUUGAGCGAUUGAACGCAUAAGCAAAUACGUUUUGAGGGAUCAAAAUAUCAACCACCAUAUAGAUUUAUAGUUAUAUAUAUAUAAUAUAUAUAUUAGCUAUAGCAUGAUUACGGUUGCAGGGCCUAGCAUUCAAUAAGUAUACCCUUUUGAUUUGUGCCAUUUGGGCACUUUGUGCAGAGAGAAUACUAUGCUAUGCUGUAAUAAGUAUGCUCAUCUUAAAUAGUAGAGUUUGUUUGGAUUAUGCAGAAAGCUAUGGUCUUAUUUGUAGUGAUUAAGUAUUGUUUUGGUUGUGAAAUCAUAGGGAGUAGAAGCUGAAACAAAUCAGUGCUUUUUCAUUGUGUCAAAUUGUAGGUUCCAAACUGUAAUCCAAACCAGAUAUAAUAGAUGAAGCAAACCCAAUUGAGUUUGCACUUUUCUAUUUGA